CAUCCUACCAGGCCCAUCAGCUACAUUAACAAAACACAGCCGCUCUUGUUUUGCCCUCGUUUCAGAAACAGGUCGCCCGGAGUCCUGAACUCACCUCGCCGGAAAACGCAGUCGGCCUCCAGAAACAGUAGUCAAAGUUCUCCUUGAAACCCUAAGUUGAACUGCUUUUAAGUUUAGGUUUUGAAUUUGGACUGAAGAAGAGUUUGUUCUCCGAUUUUGGUUCAUCGUUCACAUAAUGAAAGUAAAAGUUAUAUCACGUUCUACCGAUGAGUUCACUCGAGAAAGAAGCCAAGACCUUCAACGCGUAUUUCGUAAUUACGACCCUAGUCUUCGUCCUCAAGAGAAGGCAGUGGAAUAUGUUCGUGCUGUUAAUGCUGUGAAGUUAGACAAGAUUUUUGCAAGACCUUUUAUAGGAGCAAUGGAUGGACAUGUAGAUGCUAUUUCAUGUAUGGCUAAGAACCCUAGUCAGUUGAAACACAUAUUCUCUGGUUCAAUGGAUGGAGAUAUUCGUCUCUGGGAUAUAGCUGCUAGACGGACCAUUUGUCAGUUCCCGGGUCACCAAGGUGCUGUGCGAGGCCUGACAACAUCUACAGAUGGCCGCAUUCUUGUUUCAUGUGGAACUGAUAGCACUGUCAGACUGUGGAGUAUUCCUGUUCCUUCUUUUGCAGAUUCAGAUGGCUCAAUUCAGAACACUAUUGAGCCAACAAGUGUUUAUGUAUGGAAGAAUGCAUUUUGUGCUGCUGAUCACCAGUGGGACGGCGAACAUUUCGCUACAGGUGGCGCUCAAGUAGAUAUAUGGAAUCAUAACAGGUCUCAGCCAGUAAAUAGUUUUGUAUGGGGUACAGAUACGGUGAUUUCUGUCCGCUUUAAUCCAGGAGAACCAAAUCUAUUGGCAAGCUCAGCUAGUGACAGGAGUAUAAAUCUUUAUGAUUUACGCAUGGAUACUCCAGUAAGGAAAAUGAUAAUGAUGACCAAAACCAAUUCUAUAGCUUGGAAUCCAAUGGAGCCCAUAAAUUUUACAGUUGCAAAUGAAGAUGGUCACUGCUAUAGUUAUGAUUCUAGGAAGUUGGGUGAAGCCAAAUGUGUUCAUAAAGAUCACGUUUCUGCCGUCAUGGAUAUUGACUACUCACCAACUGGUCGUGAAUUUGUUACCGGAUCUUAUGAUAGAACAGUGAGAAUAUUCCCUUAUAAUGGCGGUCACAGCCGAGAGAUUUAUCAUACUAAAAGAAUGCAAAGGGUAUUCUGCGUGAAAUUCAGCGGUGAUGGAAGUUAUUUGAUUUCGGGAAGUGAUGAUACUAACCUCAGGCUUUGGAAGGCCAAAGCCUCGGAACAACUUGGAGUGAUUCUCCCAAGGGAAAAGAAGAAGCAUGAAUAUCACGAGGCAAUAAAGAAACGCUACAGGCACCUUCCCGAAAUUAGCCGUAUCGCAAGGCAUAGACACUUACCAAGACCGAUAUACAAAGCCGCUUCUUUGAUGCGUGUUAUGACUGAUGCGAAGAAAAGAAAGGAAGAGAGGAGGAAAGCUCACAGUGCUCCAGGGAGUGUUACUACAAAGCCAUUACGAAAAAGAAGAAUUAUCAGAGAAGUUGAAUGAGAUUUUUCUGUGCCAGUGCAUGCUAAAAAAUGCAAUAUAUAUUUAUGAAGUGGCAAGAGUUUCUACACCGAUGUUAUAUUAUGCAUUUGUGAAAUCAAUAGCCAGUUUUGAGAUGUUAUACUACUUAUUGGUUCAGUUCUCUGUUCCAAUGCAAGAAAUUUUGGUUUAUUCUUGAGUAUGUAUUCUUGAUAUUUUUCAGUUCAAAUUAGUAAAUGUGACAAAAUAUAGCACUAUUGAGCUCUUACAAAA